AACUCUUUGUGGCUCUCUGUAUUAGAAGACUCCUUGUUGAGUUUUUCCUCCCAAAAACCACCAAUUUCUCUUCCUUCCGGCCGCCGUGAGGAUGGAAGUUAAACGCCCCCAGCCACCGCCUGCCGCCGUGAGAAUACGGAGAAGCACCAGCGGCGACGGCGGUGGGAGCGGAAACAUUAUACUGAAUAAGUAUCAGCUAGGGCGGCUUUUGGGGCGUGGGAGCUUUGCGAAAGUGUACCACGCGCGGUGCUUGGAAGGUGGCGCCGACGUGGCGGUUAAGGUGAUUGAUAAGAACGCGACGGUGGACGCGUCGAUGGAGCCGCGGAUAAUCCGGGAGAUCGCGGCGAUGCGGCGGUUGAAUAAUCACCCCAGCGUGCUUAAACUCCACGAAGUGAUGGCGACGAAGAGUAAGAUCUAUCUGGUCAUGGAGCUGGCUCACGGCGGGGAGCUUUUCUCGAAGCUCACACAGCGCGGCCGGUUUUCGCUCUCGACGGCGAGGUAUUACUUCCACCAGCUCGUCUUCGCGCUCCAUUUCUGUCACCAGAACGGCGUUACUCACCGUGACAUCAAGCCGCAGAAUCUCCUCCUUGAUAAGGACGGCAAGCUGAAGAUCUCCGAUUUCGGCCUCUCCGCGCUGCCGGAGCAGAUCCGCAACGGCCUCCUCCACACCGCGUGCGGAACUCCGGCCUACACCGCGCCGGAGGUGAUGAUCAGAAAAGGCUACGACGGCGCCAAGGCGGACGCGUGGUCUUGCGGCGUAAUUCUCUUUGCGUUUCUGGCAGGUUACCUCCCAUUCGACGACAGCAAUAUAUCAAACAUGUACCGUGCAAUACGAAGCCGCGCGUUUCAGUUCCCGGAUUGGAUCACAAAGCCCACCCGGAGCAUAAUUUUCCGGCUGCUCGAUCCCAAUCCGGUAACGAGAAUGAGCAUCGAGGAACUGAUGAAGCUCCCGUGGUUCAAAAAGUCAUCAUCGGUGGUAGAUUUGAGAGACGAGCAUCAAUUCGGGAGCCAAGAGUUGGAGAAAGAUUGCAAACACCUAACCAAAAUGAACGCAUUCGACAUAAUUUCAAUGUCUCCCGGGUUAGAUCUAUCGGGGCUAUUCCAGGCGGGAUUGAACAAGAAAGAAAUGAGAUUCACCACGAACGCCGAGGUAGGAGAGGUUGAGGAGAAGGUGAAGAAAAUCGGGAAUGAAGCAGGGUAUAGGGUGGAGGAGAGGGGAAAGGGAGGGGGGAUUAGACUGGUAAAAGCAAGAGUAACGUUGGUGGUGGAAAUUCUUCAAGUGGCGCCGGAGCUAUGGCUGGUGGAGAUGAAGGUCGUCAAUGGAGAAAUGGAAUUCCAGGACACACAGUGGGAGGAGUUGAGAGUUGGGUUGAAAGAAAUAUCUUGUUUCAUGCUAGUAUAACAAUACAACCAUGAAUCUUGAUCCAGACAACGUCGCCGAGUUUCUACCGGAAAAGAUGGCGGUUCAAUUUCUCACGGCGGCGGCGGCACUAGGUGCUAGUUGUGUGCUUAUCUAAAUUCUAAUCUAUAAAGUGCAGACAGAAGUCUGCUCCUGUUUGUAAAUGAAAGUUUUCCUUAGUGUUAUAGAUGUGCACAUAGGUUCUUGUUUCAGUGUAAUGCUUCUUAUUACGUUCUAGAGAUUCAACACUUCAUAUAGUAUCUGUUCACUUCAAUAAUACUCCUUAUGUUAUAUGCUGCAAA